AUGAUCCUGAUAGCUGGUGUCGAUAAUUACCUAAACGUUUCCAUGGAGACCACAACGUUCCUGGGAGCAGCGCUCGGAUUCGUCGCCCUUCUGCUCGUUCUGUUCCUGUACAUCAACCGAAAAUGGUGCUUCGCGACACCCGGAAGUUUUCCCUGCUGCGACGAGAAUACGCUGUCGGCGAAAACGGUGCACACCAUUCGCAGCCGGUUUGCGUACGACGGAAACUCCAGUUCCGACUCGGAGGAGGAAAUCCUGCGGCGGCUGAAGUUGCAGCAGUCGUGCAGUUUGCACAGUGGUCAACUGUCGCGCUACGGUGCCGGGGCUUUGAGCCCACUGGAACCGGAUCUUGUGCCCAGUCUCGGUAGUCUGCAGCAUGUCACCAUUGGCGCUCAGGGCGAUCCGCCCGAACUGGGUGGUUUAUCCCGGAAAGACAGCAAGAAACAUGGUCACCAGCACCAACACCAUCACAGUCAUCACCACGGUGGAAGUCGUCGACACGGAUCGUCAUCGAGGGAUCCACUGGCGUUGGCCGAACGGGGUAAGAUCGGAAUGCCUCACUCGAGCAGUGAGUGCAGUUCGAACAGCUCCGUCGAAGCUUCGGUUGAAAGUAACACGGGACUGGUCGGUGGGGAGAAGAAGGACCGGCGGUUGAUUCUGCCGUCGGCAACCGGUAGGACACUGGGAAGUUCUGGUAGUCUUGCUGGCAAGGAAACACUAGCGGAAGGUAAGGAAUUUGGGAACAACAAUGCGGGGAGUUUAUCGGAAACGGCUAAAUACAGCCGGAUGCCGGUUCAGCGCCAGGAUAGCCUGGAAGAUGUGCCCGAUAUUAACAGUAAUCAGGACUGUAUUGUGGUCCUCUCGCAGGAACCUCUUUUCGAUACUAGCGAUUUGAAGUCCCUCAAAUCGGACACCGGGACCAUCGGUCUCGGACCGGAAAGUCCAACCUCGACCAGCAGUCCGAACGGAGUGCUGGAAGUGUCCCUUCUGUACGAUGCACCGAUGCGCAAGAUGACGGUGCACGUUCUGCAGGCCCGUGGAAUUCCGUCCCGUAGCAGUGUGGCGAGUGCGGCGGCAGCAGCCAGUAUUCUGUCGAAUCCGACGGCGACGGCGGCUGAAGCGAACGCCAAAACCAGCCAAUCGACGACGCACACCCAGGUUCGGCUGCUGAUGCUGCCCAGUAAGAAGCAGAAGCACAAAACCAAGAUCCGAUCCGGUGAGAAUCCACAGUUUAUGGAGAGCUUUCUGCUUCACCGGGUUAACCCGGAGGAGGUGAACUCGAUGGGGCUACGUAUCCGGGUUUACGGGUGUGAACGAAUGCGACGCGAACGGUUGAUUGGAGAAGCGAUCGUCAGUUUUGCCAAUAUUGAUUUGGAGCUGGAAACCAACCUGUGGCUACCGCUGGAACCGAGGGCGAAUGCUGCGAAUACCGGAUCAACCAGCGAUCUACUGAGUUUGGCGCGGUCGGACAGUACGGGUUCAACGACCUCCAUGCAGCAUGGCGGUGUAUCCGAACUUCUACUUGGAUUGGGGUAUAAUGGAACUACCGGACGACUCACAGUGGAGAUCGUCAAGGGCAGCCAAUUCCGGAACCUCGCACUGAACAAAGUGCCCGACACGUACGUGAAGCUGUGCCUGGUCAGCAGUAUGGGUCAGGAGAUGGCCAGGGCGAAGACUUCAACCCGUCGUGGUCAACCGAAUCCGUUGUUUAAGGAGACGUUUAUCUUUCAGGUGGCCUUAUUCCAGUUGAACGACGUCACCCUGAUGGUGUCGGUGUACGCGAAACGGAACAUGAAGCGUAACGAGAUGGUCGGCUGGUUCAGUCUCGGGCUGAACUCGAGCGGCCCGGAGGAGAACGCCCACUGGGGCGACAUGCGGGACGCCAUGAAUCCACGCUCGGAACUGGUGACGCGAUGGCACGUCCUGGUCGAUUCCUGA